AUGGCCAUCCCGAUCCUCUCCAAGAAGGACUCAGCCAACGACUCCGCGUCGUCCGCGGGCUCGUUCCACCUCUACGACGCAGAACCAGAGUCCCAGCGCGGGGACAUCGUCGCCGACGCGAAGCUGCUCGACGACAAGAGUCCCGGUGUCAAGCGGGUCGAGGCCAUCGUCUCCUGCUUCACCACGUUCGACCUCGUCGUCCUCUUCCUCGGUAUCUUCCUCAUCGCCUAUGCAUACGGCCUCGACGGGCAGACUCGCUCCGUCUACCAGACCUACGCGACAAACUCGUACUCGACGCACUCCCUCCUCUCCACCCUCAAUGUCGUCAAGGCCGUCAUUGCCGCCGCCGCCCAGCCACCCAUGUCCAAGGUCGCUGACAUUUUUGGCCGCCUCGAGCUCAUCACGUUUUCCGUCCUCUUCUACGUCCUCGGGACGAUCAUAGAGGCCGCCUCUGACAACGUUCAGACCUACGCCGGCGGCCAGGUGCUCUACCAGAUCGGCUUGACCGGGAUCCAGUUGCUCGUCGAAGUCCUCAUCGCGGAUGUGACCUCCCUCCGCAACCGUGUCUUCUUCUCUUACAUCCCCGCGAGUCCGUUCAUCAUCAACACCUGGAUAUCCGGUAAUGUCACGUCGGCCGUCAUCGCAAAUUCUACCUGGCAAUGGGGUGUGGGCAUGUGGACCAUCAUCGUCCCCGCCACCUCCAUCCCGAUCAUCCUCUCCCUCUAUCUCGGUCAGCGCCGCGCGCGCCGCGCCGGCAAGCUCUCGCGCAUCCUCCCCACGACACCCUCCUCGCGCUUGCAGACCCUCGCCGCGCUCUUCCACACGCUCGACGCGCCGGGCACGCUCCUCCUCGCCUUGCUGCUCUCGCUCAUCCUCAUCCCGCUCACCAUCGCGGGCGGCACGUCCUCGCGCUGGGCGCACGCGGACGUCAUCGCGAUGCUCGCCGUCGGCUUCGCGCUCAUCCCCGCGUUCGUCGUGUGGGAGCUCAAAUACGCCAAGCACCCCAUCGUGCCGUUCCACCUGCUCAAAGACCGCAGCAUCCUCGCGGGCCUGUGGGUCGCGCUGAGCCUGAACCUGUGCUGGUACCUCCAGGGCGCGUACCUCUACACGCUCCUCCUCGUCUCCUUCGACGCGAGCGUCAGCACCGCCACGCGCGUCACGUCGCUCUACUCCUUCUGCUCCGUCGUCGCGGGCAUCGCGCUCGGCGGCGUCUUCCGCGUCGUGCGCUACAUCAAGUGGUUCGCGGUCGCGGGCACGCUGCUCUUCAUCAUGGCGCUCGGCCUGAUGGUGCGCUACCGCGACGGGAGCCACGGCGGGCUCGCGGGCCUCAUCGGCGCGCAGGUGACGCUCGGCAUCGCGGGCGGGUUCUUCCCGUACCCCGUGCAGGCGCUCGUGCAGGCGGCGACGAAGCACGAGCACGUCGCGGUGAUCACCGCGCUGUACCUCACGAUGUACCAGAUCGGCAGCGCCUUCGGGAACACCAUCUCCGGCGCGAUCUGGUCGAACACGCUGCCCGGCAAGCUCGCGACGUACCUCGCGCCGAUCAACGGCACGCUCGCGGCCGCGGCGUACGACGCGCCGCUGACGUUCAUCCUGGCGUACCCGGUGGGCACGCCCGAGCGCGGCGCGGUCGUGCGCGCGUACAACGAGACGCAGCGCUAUCUCGCGGUGACGGGCGUGUGCCUCGCGGUGCCGCUCUUCGUCGCGGCGCUGUGCCUGCGCAACCCGCGCCUCGGCGAUCUGCAGGCGCUGCCCGAGGCGGAGCGCGCGGGGGCGAAAGGGAAGACGCAGGAUGUUAACGUCCAGGAGCAGAGCGUGCACGAUCCGGACGCGAAGGUUCCUGAAAACUCUUGAUUUAUUCGUAUUUUCUUGGUUUUAGGUGGUGGGUAUGGGUAUAGGUGGGAGGAGAUAAAAAAUCUAGAGUUACUAGAGCUUCCGCCCGUGCGGAUUAAUCCCUGUUGUUGUUGUUGUUGUUUUAUUUUCAUGAGAUUGACG